AUGGCGGGUCAUGAGAAUUCUUCUAGUAUCUCAUGGACCUUUUGUAAAUAUAAAUCUUCUAUUAGUUUUUCGUGUAUAUUUGACGAUAAAUGCUCGACCAGUAAUAAAUUCUCUUUUAGUUUUACAUUGACCUUUCGUAAUAAACGUUCUUUUAGUUUUACAUGGAUCUUUCAUAAUAAAUUUUCUUUCAGUUUCUCAUGUACUCUUGCUAAUAAACGAUGGUCCUUUUUGUGGACCAAUGGAUGGAUCUAUGAUAAUUUAUGUGAAGAAAACGAUCAACUUUAUGAAGUCUCCUUUUUUAAAACAGUAGAUUAUGAUUUGGAUAAAUACGAAAGAUCAACAAAAUAUAAGAAUGCCAAAUUAAUUUUAUGUGAAAAAUGUUAUCAAAAAAUUAAUAGUAUUUCAUGUUUCGAAUGUUAUGAUAAAGUAUAUAGUCAUAAAAAAGAAUAUCCGACAAUGAUUGGAGCGUGCGGAGGUUGUUUUGGAAUAAUAAGAAACUACGAUGGGUGUUCAUUUUGCAAACUAAAACAUAUAUUUAAUAACUUGUUUAAUUAUUUAUGGAAUAGGAAAUUUAAGAAUUGUGAUUUUAUAUUAUGUUUGGAAUGUGAUCAAAAUAUUGAUAGACUUGUAAUAUGUUUUAAUUGUUAUAAUAAAUUAACUAAUGAUAAAGAAAAAAAUCUUAUGAAGUUUGGAAGAUGUAAAGAAUGCUAUCAAGUAAUAACAGGAUCCUAUGGUUGUUUAUCUUGCAAUCAAAAACGAUUUCAACGAAAAUUUGAUAAAUGGAGUAGCGGUAAUACAGAAAUUGAUGAAUUAAUACGAUAUAAACAAGUUUCUGCACGUGAUUUUAGUGAUGUUUUAGAAUGGAUUCCACUUAGUAGAUUUACAAAUAUUAAAUAUAUAGCUGAGGGAGGUUUUGCUAAAGUAUAUUCAGCUACAUGGAUUGAUGGAUAUAUUAUCAAUUGGAAUCAAGAAUAUAAUAAUUGGAAAAGAUCCGGAACCUAUAGAGUUGCUUUAAAAGUACUAAAAAAUUCGAGGGACCUGAGUUUAGAUUUUUUAAAUGAGAUUAAAAAUUUGGCGAAAAUUUCUAAUAAUUAUGAGGGUAUAAUAAAAUUUCAUGGAAUAACGCAAGUUCCUGAUACUUCUAAUUAUGCAUUAGUAUUCAAAUUAGAAGAUUAUGAUUUACGAUAUUGUCUCAAUCAAUAUUUUAGUCCAUGUUCAAAUAAGAAAGAAUAUACAGAAAAAAUUUGUUUAGGUCUUUUUAAUAUUCAUAAACAUGGAUUAAUUCAUAAAGAUCUUCAUAUAGGUAAUGUAUUGUGUUCUAAUGGAUCAUCCGCGCGCAUUAGUGAUUUUGGAUUCUGCAAACCAGCAAAUGAAGCUUCUUCACAUACAAAUAAUACAAAUACCUAUGGAGUAAUGCCUUAUAUGGCGCCUGAAAUAUUACGUGGGAAAGAAUAUACACAGGCGUCUGAUGUGUAUUCAUUAGGUAUUAUUAUAAAUGAAAUAGUUUCUAUAAUUCCUCCGUUUUGUGAUCGACCACAUGAUUACUAUCUUGCAAUAGAUAUAUGUUGUGGACUACGUCCAAAAAUAAGAGAAGAUAUACCAGGCAAAUUAAAAGAAUUGAUUCGAAAAUGCUGGGACGCAGAUCCAAAAAACCGACCAACUUCUGAAAUGGUAUUUAACACAUUAGAAAAGAUGAAGAGUACUGCACUAUGUUUUGAUUUUAAUGAUCCAAUAACAACAAAAAAAGUUGAUACACAUCCUCAAGCAAUAUAUACCAGUCGACUCCUCAAUUUUAAAAAUUUACCUGAACCUGUAAAUUGUUUAAAUCAAGAAGGAUUUAUAUCUUCAAGAUAUAUUAUGCAAAUACAAACAGAAGUUAAAAAUUAUUAUUCUGAUUGUUUGGAUUGUGCAAUUAUUAACUGA